AUGACAGGUCCUGGGUCCAGCCACUGUCGUCCAGUUGUUUACGCGCAAGGCACUGGUAGCACGAAGAAUGGGAGGGAUUCGAACCCUAAGUUCCUGGGUAUCAAGAAAUGCCACAACAGCUUCGCCUUCGUUGGCAACAUCAUAGUCCGGCAGCGCGGCGCGAAAUUUAAGUGCGGAAUUGGAACAAAGAUGGGACGCGACCACACCAUAUACGCCGUGAAGAGUGGCCGCGUCCAGAUUCUGAACCACCGCGUAUCGGUGUUAGACCUCGUCGCAGAGCGCGCGAUGCUGUCCCAGCAGCACUCCACGAGCUACUUCAUGGAACCGACGUUAUACACAUUGAGCAAACUAUGGACAGAAAAGGCUGACAAAGUGAACAAAUGA